CUCCCUCUCCACUCCCUCUCCACUCCCUCUCCACUCCCUCUCCACUCCCUCUCCACUCCCUCUCACUGCAGAUCAGUCCCUCACACUUGACCUCCUACUCAGUCGGCAACUGCUGCUACAACCCUCAAUUGUUAUCCAUACAUACCUCACCAUGAACAGAGAAUUCAGCUCGUUCCUCCCUUCCUUUCCUCCGGCCAAGAGGCUAUCGGCCCUGUCGAUCUCCUCGCCUUUGUCGAUCACCUCACCCACGUCCAUCAGCAGCCCUGUGCUCACCCCUGAGCCAUUACCCUCGCCACCAACCCCCAUGCCGCACCUCAGCGCCAGCCGUGUGCUCUUCGAGGAGGGUCUCUAUAGCGAUGUCACUGUGAUCCUGCAGGUGCCUGGAUCCAUCAAAAAAUCCCUCCAUCUUCACUCCCGAAUCCUCACCAAAGAGAGCGACUUCUUUGCAGCACUGCUGGCCGGCAAAAAAGACCUAGGUGAGAAGGCCAUCACACUCCUAGAUGAGAAAGACAGCCAGGGGUCACAAGUGAUCGAGAUCCAAUGCAUGGAUGCUCAAGAGCUCUACGCCUUCGAAUCCUCGCUGCGAUUGCUCUACACUGGCACCUGGUGCUCUGACCGCGAUUUCCAGACCAGCUCCCUCGAUGCACGGCUUCGCCGUGGACUCGAUGUCGUAAGCCAGGCAGGUCGUCUGUCCCUCAAGGGUGCUACCACAGCCCUCCUCCAGGAAGAGAUCACUCACAUGUGCAAGAGCCAGCCCGAUCUACUGGAGAAGGUGUCCAAGUCACUGAGGCCUGAAGAUCGUGAGGACGACCAGGCUAUUCUCAAGUUCGAUCGCGACGCGUUGCAGCAGUUGUGUCGAGUGGCAGUGACUAAAGUUGAGAUCCGCGACCACUGCGAGCUGGCCAUCGCCCGCAAUCUCUAUGGGUCUAAGAAGUUUCGUGAACUCCGCAUGUCCGAGGUGCAGCUCUCAGAACUGAGGCCGGGCUACAUAUUUCCUCCUGGCGGACAAGAGUCCAUCUAUCUGCUAAAAGGCGCACCCUCGCUCCCUCUUCAUCCCUGCCGAGCAACAAAUGUCGAGGCAUUACGCCAUGUAGUAGACCACUAUACCGCCUACAACUCUCAGCAGCCAUUGCGAACGCGCGAGUUCUACGUGAUCCCCACGGAAGAAGACAUUGAGGAUGACGACGACAUUGGCCACCGGUCUGUUGCUACUCUUCAUGAUGUAACCUUUUACAGAGUCGCAUUCUCAACCGGAUAUCAAUGGCUUUUGGAUCAGGUUAUCAAGGUCAGGGCCCCUUUUGAACUGAUCAUUCUCCUUCUCAAGGAUGCCAUUGACGAGAACUCGGAUCGGAGCAACAACGUGGCCUUCGGCGAAUUUGCAUCGACGACCGACGGCGAUGUCUACUUGCAGGGCGUAAACUACAUAACAGAUGGUCUCCUGCAUGCCUUCCAAGACCCCACUCUGGAGUCCUUCCGUAACCCUGGCGCCUCUGGAUCUCUGCUGAACAUGAUUUCUUAUGGGAUCAAUUCGCUUACAGACCUGCCUCCACUCCGACCACGUCCCAAAUCAGUCAACAAUGAUGCCAAUGCCCCUCAUCAUCAUCAAGAGUACCAAGCACUUUCGACGCUAGUCAUGGAAUUCUUCUGGCAGGUGCUCGAGCUCGCACUUAAGCGCCCACACCAUCUCGAGUUCGUCCAGCUCUUAUUAGAGUCGAUCACCAAGGUGGCGCCACUAACACCCUUCGAUGUUGUCGAUCGUAUUGAGGAGCGACUUGCAGAGCUGUUGGAGGAGACGCGUAGGAAGAUCAUGGAACAACGCGGCGACGUACCGGCGGAAGAAGAAGAAGCCCCUGUAGUGGACGUGGCUAAAGAUAGUGAGUCCGACAUUGUCAGCCCUCGGGUCAAGAACGAGGAUGCGUUUGGUAAUAUAAAGGGCAGCUUCUCUGAUGGCUACCGCAGCGAAGUAUCUAGUGGCCGAAGCGAGGAUCCAGAGGAGCGACGAUCGAUGGUGAGCAGUGUUCUCCUGGCUAGUGCUCCGAUCGUCAGCUCAAGCGAUGAUGAUGCUUCGUCUGUGCACGAAGACGAACCAGAACCAGAACUCGACGCGGAAGUCGAGGCACCAUGGAUGAGGCCUGAGUACUUACAGCCGUUGUGCCUUCAGCUACUGACGACAUUCCCGAUGAAUAUCCAGUCGUCUCUACUGUGGGCCAUCCACGAUCUUCAGCUCCUGUAGAUGCUGCAGGCAACCUAUUCCAGCCCUAUAUACCUCUCUUUCGCUCUUUCAUCAUUUUUGCAUAGCUAAAUAGAACACACUCUCCACUCACUUACACUUUCAACUUUCAAAUACAUUUGUCUGCCACCAACCACCA